AUGACGGAUCUAUCGCAUCAGCCUACAUGGGACACAUUGACGAAGUUCUGUCCAUAUUCCACGCCCUAUAAAACACAGCCAACCCCCUUUCCUCUUCCGUUCGUCACAAACCCCACAGCGGCGAAAGAUCUAUGCCAGCACCCCGAGUACCAGGAAAUGCACGGCCUCUUCCUAUCCCCAGCAUCACUGCCUCUAAUCCAAGGCCUUGUACCAAUCCUCUCCACCAGCUCUCUCUCAACAACCAGCGACAUCCUAUUCCCCAGCCCCGCCUACAUCGAGCCAGAAUUCCAGUACGAAGCCACCCACGACAUAGCCUGGGACAAGAAACGCAACAACCUCUACUGGGCCGGCUCCACCACCGGCGCGCACGCGUCGAACGAUCAAUGGCCUUUUUUCCACCGCCAGAGAUUCGUCGCUCUGGCACAGAACCUGCUGCGAAAGAACUACACCUACACUUACCUACGUAAUUACAACGGCGUGCUCGCGCGCGUGCACUCUGCAUUUCUAAACACCCGAUUAUUCGACGUAGCGUUUACGCGCAUAUCCCAAUGCGCGCGGAGAUACUGCGCCGCACAAGACGCGUACUUCCGUGUCAAGUCGUGGGCUAACAAGAACCGCGCACUGCAUUCGAAGCUUGUCUUUGAUCUCGACGGGAAUGGCAUCAGCGGGCGGUAUUAUCAAUUGCUGGCCUCGAAUUCCGCGCCGUUGAAGCAGACGCUCUUGCGAGAGUGGCAUGAUGAGCGCCUCGUGCCGUGGGUGCAUUACAUACCUGUGAGUAUGGGCAUGGAGGAACUGCCGGAGUUGGUGACGCAUCUUACGGCGAAUGAGGCGGGGAUGAGGACGGCGAGGGAUGUAGCCGAGGCGGGGAAGGAGUGGUUUGGGAAGGCGUUGAGGGAAGUCGAUAGGAGUGUUUACGUCUAUAGGUUGUCGUUGGAAUUGGCGAGGAUCCAGGAUCCAGAAAGAGAGGCAGGUUUUCCGCUCGAAGGAAGACGAGAGAGCGCAAGGUAG